CGGAGCGGCGGGAAGCGGAGGUGACGCGCUUAGUACCGGCGGCGGGCCUGGCCAUGCAGCGCUCCCGGGCGGCGGCGGCCGACCAGGCGGCGCUGCUCCUGGCCGGGCUGGGCCUGCGGGAGCCGGAGGCGGGCGGCGACGACUCCCCGGACCGGGGGCGGCGGGGCCCGAGGCCCGCGCCGGGGGACGAGGCGCCCGCGGGGCGCCGGGGGAAGGCCGGCGGCGAGGCCGGGCCGGAGCGGGGUCCCCGGGCCAGCCUGGCGGGCUCGGACGGCGGCGGCAGCGCCCGCUCCAGCGGCAUCAGCCUGGGCUACGACCAGCGCCACGGCAGCCCGCGCUGCGCCCGGGGCGACCCGCGCCACGGCCCCGGGCCGCCGUCGGGGGGCAGCGCCCGCUCCAGCGCCUCCAGCCUGGGCUCCCGCGGCUCGGCCGGCGCCGACGGCCCGCUCCCGCCCCCCGCCGCCUCCCCGGCGCCCGCCCGCUCCCCCGAGCGCCCCGGCCCCGCCGCCACGCCGCCCCCCGCCCGCCACGCCGCCCCCGGCGCGGCCGAGCGCAGCCUGGAGACGCUGGCCCGCGAGCUGCGCCGGGCGCUCGGGGCGCGCGGCGCGCACGACUUCUUCGGCAUGUGCAUCAAGUGCGGCCUGGGUAUCUAUGGAGCCAGGCAGGCGUGCCAGGCUAUGGGCAGCCUCUACCACACUGACUGCUUCAUCUGUGACUCCUGUGGGAGACGACUCCGAGGCAAGGCGUUCUACAACGUGGGCGAGAAGGUGUACUGCCAGGAGGACUUCCUGUACUCUGGGUUCCAGCAAACGGCCGACAAGUGCAGCGUGUGCGGACACCUGAUCAUGGACAUGAUCCUGCAGGCCCUGGGCAAGUCUUACCACCCCGGCUGCUUCCGCUGCUGCGUGUGUAACGAGUGUCUGGACGGGGUGCCGUUCACGGUGGACGUGCAGAACAAGAUCUACUGUGUCAGAGACUAUCACGCGGUAUUUGCACCAAAAUGUGCCUCGUGCGCCCACCCCAUCCUCCCAGCACAGGGCUGUGAGACCACCAUCCGUGUGGUGUCCAUGGACAGAAACUACCACGUGGAGUGUUACCACUGCGAGGACUGCAGGCUCCAGCUGAGCGGUGAGGAUGGACGGCGCUGCUACCCACUGGAGGGCCACCUGCUCUGCCGCCGGUGCCACCUGCGGCGCCUGGGGUCCAGCCUGCUUCCCUCCGCCACCGCGCGCGUCACUGAGCUCUGACAGGGCAGGAUUGGACGAGUGGCCCGGGCUCCGCGUGGCUCGCUUGCUUCCAUGCCUCUCCGCACCCACUCCUCCCACCCAGCUGCUGUCCCGUCCCCAGGGGCUGGACCCCUGAGCCAAGCUACUUCUAUUUAUUCACCGUCUGUGCCUCUCAGCACCCCUUCCCGCUGGACACAGGGAGCCACCAGACACCAGCACGCACUUCCCAGGGUUCAAGCCUCAGGACCUGCCUGCCACCCCUCACUUCGCACACCCCCCCCAAAAAAAAGCC